GCAGCAGUUGUAGGACUGCACCAUUCGAGCUGCAAACCUUCUUGCGGCGAUUGAUGAGAGAAGGGAAGGCGGGUGGGACGGGGAUUCGGAGCGUCAGGAUAGUGGAGAUUGUUGUCUGGGAACGCGGGGUGUAAUUUUGUGGUGUUGGAAACAGUGGACCGUGGGCGGAGGACGGGGGAAAUGCCCAGUAGGUGAUGUGGUGGUGGUUUGCGGUGUUGGCAGAAAGCGAGAGAGGGAGAUGGCGAGGAGUUUUGGAGUUGUGAGAGAAGGUUUUUUUUGAAGCGGCGCAGGAGUCGUUUCACAAAGAUGAAGCUAGUUGGUGAUUUUGAUUAUGGUUGGAGGAACAGGAGAUUGGUGCUCUGGAGGAGGAGGAGCUAGGGUUUGAUGAUGGUGUAGAGAGGAAGUGGUCGCAGAUUGGGGUUGAGAGUGGCGGCGUGGCGUCCUCGUGGAUAUGACUUGGAUGGAGUGGGGCGGACGUCGAUCUCAAGCGCGUUCCCGGGUGCACAGAGUAUUGCAGGUUCGAGACUGCAGAUAUGUUUUAAAAAGUCUAGUGGGACAAUCUUUCACUUGCCCAAUCCUGGAAAAGUUCAUUUUCACCAUUUCUGAUGCAAAUGUGUAGAGUAGACUGAUGUAGGUUGGCUAGUUUAUGGAAAUAUAGCUCGUAAUUAUAGUGUCGGUUACAUGGUAGGUGGGGGGAGGUACGAAAUGGUCGAAUGCUGGAAUUCUGGAGGGCUUGUUGGAGAGGGAAGUGGAAUAAGUCUUACUCAGGUCGAGAGAGCAUCGACCUCAAUGACUGAAAUGGACAGUCCUUCGGAUGUUGUACUGGUCGGGCGAUCAUCGUCAAGGCGUCCAAAGAGGAGUCUGAAAGCAUCCAUAUGGUUAAAGCUGACUCUAUUCAUUGGCACACUGGUGGUGGUGACAGGGGGAGUUUUGUCCCUGGUUAUGUGGUUUAAUUCCCGCGCCCAGCUUGUGCACGAAAUAGAAAGACGUCUUACAACAGUAGCUGUUCUGAGAACAGAACAGCUGCAAGAUUACCUUAAUGGUGAGAUUGAUAAAAUGCAGCUGGUCGCAACAAGGGUGCAGAUUAUUAAUUAUUUAGUAAGCCGGGUUAAUGUAAACGAGUCUACUGCUAGGAGGGAUUUAGAAUCAGCUGUUACAGCAGUGUCAGAAUUCAUGAGUGCAGCGGUCUACAACGCCACAGGAUCCUUAAUGAUGGCUACCAAUGAAACGGAGUAUAACCAAACGUUGAGUGAAUCGACACUCAAUCUGGUGAAGGUGGAUGUUCAUUUUGAUAUGCCAGUUUAUACGUCAGAUGGUUGGAAAUAUCUGGUGUCAAGAAAUAUCACUAUGGCAACCAAUGGUGCGCUCAUGCUACAAGACUCCAAUGCUGUUGUUUCUAAUUUAAAGAAGGAUUCAGUGAUAGUUGGAGUAUUGGUUGCUUGGGUCAAUGCCUCUAGAUUAGAGGAAUUGGUGACUGAUCGAACGGGUCUUCAAAAUACCGGAGAGCUUAUAGUUGGAGUUCCAGAAGGCAACCAAGUGCAUCUUGUGCUUCCUCCAUCCCUUGCUCAUUCUGUAUCAACUAUUUCACUUACUGGUGCUAUCAAACUUGCCUGCGUGGACGGGCUGAAUGGGACAAUGAUCGAAAUGGAUUAUCGACGACAAAAGGUCAUCGUGGCUUACACACCUGUUGGAUAUCAAAAUUGGGGCUUGCUAGCAAAAAUGAGUGAGCAGGAAGCAUUCCAACCGGUACAAAGAGUUCGCGUUGUGAUUAUUUUAGCGAUGAUAAUAAUUUUGCUUGUGGGAGUUCUAGCUUCUCUUGGGCUUGCCAAGCUUUUUACCGCUCCAAUCAUCGAGUUGGGAAAAGUGGCAACAGCUAUUAAAGGAGGAGACAUGGGGGCGAGAGUGAAGAUUGGAUCUGUGAUUCUUCGAGAUGAAAUUGAUGAUUUAAGACGAAUUUUUAAUAGCAUGGCUGAAGAGAUUGCAACCAGUCAUGCAGCAUUGGAACAUAAGUCUAUGCAAGUCAGCGAAAGGGUUCGGGAGUUGGCUGAAGUUAAUGCAGCUUUGACAAUCGAAAUAGAAGAAAGGAAGAGAGUGGAGGAGGAAGUAAAAAAAGCCAAAGAUGCUGCUCUACAGGCUGACAAAAUGAAGUCACAAUUUUUGGCUAACAUGUCACAUGAGAUCAGGACGCCCUUGAAUGGAAUUAUUAACUGCACGGAACUGUGUCUGGAUACUCGAACCUCCCCGGAGCAGCAAGAGUACCUCGAUCUGGUCCGUUUUUCAGCUAAACAUUUGCUGAGAAUCAUCACAGAUAUUUUAGAUUUCAGUAAAAUUGAGGCUGGGAAGCUGGAGAUGGAAGAUAUUCAGUUCUCAUUGUACGAUCAAUUGGAGCAUGCAGUGUCUGUCUUGGCUGCCCGUGCAAAUAAGAAAGGCCUUGAGUUAGCCUGUCAGGUGGAUCAUACUGUUCCUGAUCAGAUUAUUGGUGAUCCAGGCCGGCUUUUCCAAGUUUUUGUGAAUCUUAUAGGAAAUAGUAUCAAAUUCACUGCAGAAGGAGAGGUUAUUGUGUCGGCCAUGGUCAAGAGCAGGAAUGGUGACAAUAUUGAGCUUUUAUUUUCUGUUAGGGAUACUGGAAUUGGGAUACCAAAGCAAAAGCAGUCUUUGUUAUUUCAGGCUUUUUCCCAAGUGGAUUCAUCAACAACAAGGUUAUACGGAGGAACAGGUCUGGGUCUUGUAAUUUCUUCAAAGCUAGCUGCAGCCAUGGGAGGGACUAUGUGGGUUGAGAGCGAAGGAAAAGGAAGCACUUUCUCUUUCACUGCGAAUUUUCACAUACCGCCUGCUUGUGACCUUCCAUCUUCUUUAAACGUGGAGAGCUUGAAGGACAUGCAUGUCCUCGUUGUCGAUGAUAAUAGUGUCAAUCGAGCCAUUUUGGUGGAUAUGCUUAAGGUAUGGGGCAUGGUGUCAGAGGGAGUCGAUGGAAUCGAACUUGCAAAGAUUGCUUUACAAAGAGCGGCAGAUGCGGACCGGAAGUUUCGAGUAUUGUUGUUAGAUAUGUGGCUUCACGGAAAGGAUGCUUCUGAACUUGUUUACUUCCUUCACGAAAGACCUAAUUUGUUAGGAUCAACACCUCGCAUUAUUCCCUUGCAUAAGGGAGACAGUAAUUUAAUGGUGCGUUCCGUUGGCGAUUUAGAGGAGUCCGAUUCUGAAAGCGAAGGAGAUGAGGUGGAUCCAGAGGUUCCUGAUUCUGUCAGGAAGAAUCUUAAAAAUUAUGAUACGAAAAAGAGCCUUGAAGAUAGAGCUGGCAAUAAUUCAUUUAGAGAAACGGAUGCGCUUGGAAGUAGUGAUAAGUCGAUAUCACAUAUUUUAAAGGGUUCUACACUCCGGAGUCAGGACUCACAAUGCAGGCUUGGAAAGUCAAAUUUGACUCGCCCUCUUGCGAGGCCUGGUUUAGCGAACGGACAUGUUCCUUCCAUUAUAAUGCUCACUUCUGUCGAUCAUUCAGAUGCAACUAAAUGUAGGCAACUUGGAGUACAAGUUCAUAUCUCAAAACCUGUCAAGCGCGUUGUUUUGGUUCGAGCACUACAUGUUGCCCUUGGGAUAUCGGACAGUAAAGCUGUAGCGCAGGGACAACCUUAUGGCAAUUUAUCUAGGACAGACUUGGGACAGGAGAAUGGGGAGCAGGGUAAAGCUGUGGCUGAAAUUGCUCAACCAAGCAGAGGUCUACAUAUUCUCGUUGCUGAAGACAACAUUGUGAAUCAACGCGUUGCUGUUACUCUUCUACAAAAGUGGGGCCAUACAACAGUCCUAGCUUGCAAUGGCCAUGAAGCUGUUGAGAAAUCAGCUGAGGAGGAUUUUGAUCUAAUAUUAAUGGAUGUACAAAUGCCAGUUCUAGAUGGAUUUCAGGCAACGACAAAGAUAAGGGAAAUGGAGAAAAACAGAGAUCCAAGCCGUGGCAAGAGAGUUAGAUUUAUGCCCGUUGUAGCCAUGACUGCACAUGCAAUGUCUGGGGACGCUGAGCGCAUUAUCUCUGCAGGUAUGGACGGGUAUAUCAGCAAACCUUUGAAUGCGAAGAAACUUCAGGAGCUUCUUCAAGCAGUUGCGUCAGGGUCACUGCAAAAAUCACAUUCUUUAAUGCCCCUGAUUGACAAAAACGAUAGAUAACACUGGAUCCUGGAAGUAUCACUUCAUCGACGACCCAUCCUCCAGCAUGUUUCGGAAAUUGCACCACUAGGGGUCGGUGAGCUGAAUUUCUCUCGACCACCUAUCAGAAGCAACUCUGACGAUACAAGCAGGAUUUUGUACUUUAUCCACUUACAGCAGCCUGGAAACGGUCACAAGUUUUAGAUGCAGUCUACAUUUUUCCAUUUUCUUUGAUGAUGCUAUGAGAACCACCCAGUCUGGGGACGCGAAUCCUUGUGAAUUCGAAGGGUUGGAGGGUUAUCUUGUAACCAUCCAGUAGCUGCAGUGCAUCAAAUCAGCUUCCACACUAUCAGCACAAUUUAUCAGCUCGAUAUUGUACAGAAUCGAUCCCGCUGUAAACUCUGAUGAAACCAUACACAAUGUAGUUCUGGCGGAUGGAGUACUAGCGAGGGGUUGAAUUGUUGCCAUUGAAAUUCACCAAGUAGUGGAGUUAAGUGAGUGACUUCGCGGUCACUUGUGUGUUGAUAGUAAUUGUCAUCACAAAAGAGUAAUGGGCCUCAACGAAAUCAGUCAAUUGACGUCUGCUCUGAAUGUACAUAUAUUGAUUAUUUUGGUCCCAAAGAGUUAUCUGUUAUGAUCACUUUUUUCAAGUCGAAACUUAAAGUUUUAUGUGAA